AUGCCGUGCGCCGCUGCCUCCGCCCUCCGUCGCGGGUCGCCGGACCCCUCCGCCGGAGCCUCGCCGGGCACGCAUCCGUCGCCGCCGACCGCGCCCCUCCAGAUCCCGCGCCACCCGCGCUCGUCCUCUGCGCCGCCCGAGCCCCGUCCGCCUGCCGCCGCCGGCAUGCUCCAGCCCCGCCGCCGUCUGCCGGGAGUUCGCCAUCGUCCGCCGCCGUCUUGCCGCGCCGGAGCGCCGCACCUCUCCCUCCGCGUCCCCGCUGCCUUCGCCUCCUCCGCCGACGGUCGCCGUCACCUCGGCUUCCGCGCCGCUGCACCGGAACAGCGCCGGCCCGCGCCUCUGCCGCCGUCCUCCGGCGAGCUGACGCCUGCCUCGUUCUCCAUGCCAGAUCCAGAUCCGCAGUUCCCUCCCCUUCCUCCUCACGCCACCGGACAGAUCCCCUUCGUGGCCGGACAUGUCCCGCCGCUGCCCUGGCCAACCAUAGCGCACCACGUCACCCCGCCGCCGUCUUCCACCGCGCGCCGCCGCAAGGGCCCGCCAAGCCCAUCGCCAGCCCGCCCGAGCCCAUCAGGGCCCGGACGAGCCCGCGCGCCGCCGCCCUUCGCCGUACUCCGCCACCGCUCGCCCGAUGUGCCCGCCGCCGUGCCGUGCGCCGCCGCCUCCGCCCUCCGUCGCCGGUCAUCAGACCCCGCCGCCGGAGCCUCCCCGGGCACGCAUCCGUCGCCGCCGACCGCGCCCCUCCAGAUCCCGCGCCGCCCGAGCCCCGUCCGCCCGCCGCCGCCGGCGUGCUCCAGCCCCGCCACCGUCUGCCGGGAGUUUGCCGCCCUCCACCGCCGUCUUGCCGCGCCGGAGCGCCGCACCUCUCCCUCCGCGUCCCCGCCGCCUUCGCCUCCUCCGCCGACGAUCGCCGUCACCUCGGCUUCCGCGCCGCCGCGCCGGAACCGCGCUGGCCCGCGCCUCUGCCACUGUCCUCCGAGAAGGGAAGAAAGAUGA